GGAGAUUGUCGCACGCGCCAUCCAAGUUCGGUGGCCUCUCCCUUGCGCGAACAAUUAUCGCCAAUUCUUUCUUUUUUGUUGUUCAAAUUGGUCAUUCUCACCAAUCCUUCUCUUUUUUGUUCAAAUUGGUCCUUGCAUUGUCAAUUUUCAAAUUCAUCCUUUAAAUUUUAAUUGUCUAAAAUCAAUGAAAUUGAUCUUGUUUUUACCCCAGCUGAGAAUUAAUUGAAUGUUUUUUGUUUUCUUGACACUGUAAGAAUCUCAUACGAACCGAAUCAAAGCAAACCAUGAUUUCCAAUCUAAAAUCAACCAAAUACAAAAAUGAUAAAAUUGAAAAGAAAAGAAAAACAGAGAAACCCAAAAAACAGAAAAAAAUGGGGAUUCAUUAUUGUAAUCCACCGUGUUUAUGUGUCUUGUGCGGCAAUUUCACCACCCUUUUUAGUUUCUUUUGUUAUUGUAAUUGUAAUGUAACAUUAAUGUACUUAGCUCCACAAGCUUCUACUCUUUUGAAUACCAUGUGGAAUUUCAUGUUCUUACAAACAGGCAAGAAGCCGCUGGUGCUCUGUGGAAUUUAUCAUUUGAUGACAAAAAUAGAGAAGCAAUAGCGGCAGCUGGUGGCAUCACAGCCUUGGUUUCUCUAGCACAAUCAUGUUCAAAUUCCUCCCGAAGUCUUCAAGAAAGGGCUGCGGGUGCUCUUUGGGGAUUGUCAGUAUCAGAAGCCAACAGUAUUGCUAUUGGGCAAGAAGGCGGCGUAGCUUCACUAAUUGUACUGGCUUGCUCAGAUAUUGCAGAUGUCCAUGAGACUGCUGCAGGUGCUCUUUGGAAUCUGGCUUUUUAUCCCACCAAUGCUCUUCGCAUAGUAGAGGGUGGAGGAGUCCCAGCCCUCAUUCAUCUGUGUUCUUCAUCGGUAUCAAAAAUGGCACGUCUAAUGGCUGCAUUGGCACUGGCAUACGUGUUUGAUCAGAGAACGGAAGAAUUUGCACCAGGAGGGCCUUCAUCAGAGGGAACCUCAAAGACCAUGAACUUGGACGAGAUUAAAAAGGUGGCCCUGAAGAAAAUUGAAGCAUUUGUGCUUUCUUUCUCUGUUCCACAAAAUUUUGCUGCUGCAAUGGUGUCAUCCUCCCCCAAAGCCCUUGGACAAGUAGCAGAAGCAGUACGUAUACCAGAAGCAGGGCAUCUGAGAUGCAGUGCAGCUGAGAUUGGAAGAUUUGUUGCUAUGUUGCGGAAUCCUUCCUCUAUACUCAAGGCUUGUUCUGCCUUUGCUCUUCUCCAGUUUACAAUCCCAGGAGGACGACAUACAUUGCAUCACACAAGCCUGUUGCAAAAUGCAGGAGCACCACGAGCCUUACGCGCCGCUGCAGCAGCAACUACGGCCCCAGUUGAGGCCAAAGUUUUUGCAAAAAUCAUACUUCGCAAUCUUGAACACUACCAUUUGGAAGCUUUAAAUUAGAUCUUGGAAAUGGUUUCUUUCUGAAUCUCUGCUACUCAAUCCAUCAGCUUCCAAAUUCCUGCUUAUGUUUCGUAAAGCAUCAUGAUGGUAAUUUCCAAUGCAGCAUAUAUUCUCGUGAGUUGUGGCAUGGCCAAUGCAAAAGCACAUUGGUUGAAUGUGAGAUGCCCUUGGAUGCUUCCGGGGAUGCAGGAGCAAAGGAUGACUUGGUCACGUUUGCUUGACAUAACUGGUUGGUAGCAACCAUGCAUGCAGGGGGGGCGUUGAGCAUACAUUCUUUAUUGCAGUUUUGAAUUUGACCAUGUCGAGCCUGAUUUUACAUGAAUCAUGUGACGAAAACUAGAAGUAAACAUUUUCGAUUUGAAACUCGUUGUGUCAGGGUUUUAGGAAUCAAUGGAACUCGUAAGUCGUGAUCGCCACUGGGUUCUUGUUGAGUGACAAGACCAAAAGUUGCCGAAUAUUAGUGGUCUUUGCUCUUGUCAGUUUUGUGUCUUUGCCGCAUGCAACCUAAUCAUACGCCACCUUGACUUUCUCGAAA